AUGGCGAGGUCGUGGUGCCCUGCACGCAUGCGCAGCCUAGCCCACAGGCGCUUCUGUGAGCUGCUUCCCCAGCAGCACCGGGGUGUGGAGGAGUCGCUGCAGGCGCGGGUGCCCUUGGAGCAGAUCUUCAGCCUCCCGGAGCUCAAGGCGAACCCCUUCAAGGAGCGGAUCUGCAGGGUCUUCUCGACCUCCCCAACCAGAGACAGCCUGAGCUUCGAGGACUUCCUGGACCUGCUCAGUGUGUUCAGUGACACGGCAACGCCAGACAUCAAGUCCCACUAUGCCUUCCGCAUCUUCGAUUUCGAUGAUGAUGGGACCUUGAACAGAGAAGACCUAAGCCAGCUCGUGAACUGCCUCACUGGAGAGGGGGAGGACACGCGGCUCAGCGCCUCAGAGAUGAAGCAGCUCAUUGACAACAUCCUGGAAGAGUCCGACAUUGACAGGGACGGGACCAUCAAUCUCUCCGAGUUCCAGCACGUCAUUUCCCGUUCGCCGGACUUUGCCAGCUCCUUCAAGAUCGUCCUGUGACACGAGCCGCGGCCUGGCUCCCAGCUCCCCGUAGAGUAACCCCGCCACCGCUGGGCUGUGGCCAAGGUCACACCUCUGUUGCCAGGGCCAGCUCAGCUGGCCCAGUCGAGCUGGCGCUGUGAAGUCUUGUCCCGGGCAGGGAAGGGCCCUCCGUGUCGGGGCCUCACCCCUUCUCACUGCCACUGUCAUCGCUCUGUUUGCUUCUACUAAUCCACAAUAAAGGUUUAGAAGUGUUGCUCCUGUGUGUGAUGCUAGAAACACUGGUCAUGAGGAAGGACUGGACUCCUGGGAGACUUGGGUCGUACCGGGCCUGACUAACCGCUAAAGAAGGGGCCCCCAGAAAUACAAAGGGUACAUGGGGGAGCGAACCCUGCUGUAUGCUGACUGGUGGUGGUGGUUACAUGAAAUUUCUACAUGUGUUAACAUUAUAGAACUGUUUAUAAAUGAUAAUAACUUACUGUAUGAGCAUUUUUAAAAUAAAAAUUUUUAAGAGUUAAA